AUGGCCGCUCUCGACGGUCUGCGCAGCUGGCAGCUGCAUCUGGCUGGCGAGGAGCUGCUCCAGCAUGGCGGCCAGGCGCUCCUCUCGCUGCGCGGCCUGCUCAGACUGCUGAACCCUGAGCACCGUCAGACGCUCCAGCCGCUCGCCGACUCCCAGCACUGGUGCGGGCGACCCGACGCGGCGAUAUUAACCUCGGAGCGGCGGCUGAUAAAAGGGGGCUCCAAGAGGCGGAGCGGCACUGCGGCCCCUGGCUCCCUGUCGACUACCGGCGCGCUGACCGAGCUGCUGCCGGUGACCCUGUCUGCUGCCCCGCUCUCCCCCGGAAUGGAGCCCGUCCGGAGCCUGCUGCUGCUGACCGCGCUGCUCGGCGCCGCCGCCGCCACCGAGGUCAUCUGCUACUGGGGCUCCUGGAGCCACUACCGCACCGGCCUGGGGACGGUCACGGCCGAGGACCUGGACCCGCACCUGUGCACCAUAUACGUGUACUCGUUCGCCAAGCUCAGCCCGUCCACCUACCAGAUGGAGAUGUUUGACCCGUGGCUGGACGGCCACCUCCGGAACUACGAGAGGUUCCUCUCUCUGCGGAAAAGGAAUCCGUCGCUGAAACUGCUGCUGGCGCUGGGCGGCUGGACCGACUCGCUGCACCCCAAGUACUCCAUCAUGCUGGCCAGCCCGGCGCUGCGCGCCUCCUUCACGGCCGGCGCCGUCCAGUUCCUGCAGCAGCACGGCUUCGACGGCCUGGACCUGGACUACGAGUACCCGUCGGCGGCCGACCGGGCCGGGUUCGCCGCCUGGGUGACCGAGCUGCGCGCCGCCUUCCAGCCGCACGGCCUGCUGCUCACCGCCGCCGUCACCGCCAGCGCCGCCAAAAUCGACGCCGGGUACGACGUGCCGACCGUCUCGGCGGGGCUCGACUUCAUCAACGUGAUGGCGUACGACCUGCACGGGCCGUGGGAGGCCACCGCCGACCACCACGCGCCGCUGCUGCCGCGCGCCUCGGACGCCGGCAGCGGCCUGGACUUGCAGUCCGUGAUGGAGGCCUGGAGGAGCCGCGGCGCGCCGGCCUCCAAGCUGGCCGUGGGCGUGCCGCUGUACGGCAAGAGCUGGACGGUACCCGGGGCCGACAAGGGGCCGCCGGCGGCCGGCCGGGGCGCAGCGCGCGCCGGGCCCGUGACCAGGGAGGCCGGCACACUCUCCUACCUGGAGAUCUGCCACAACGUCCGCGCCGGCUGGAGCGUGGUCACGGACCCCGCCGGGAAGAUCGGCCCGUACGCCUACUCGGGCGACCAGUGGGUCGGCUACGACGACACCGCCAUGGUGGCCGCCAAGACCCGGUGGGCCGUCAGCCAGGGCUUCGGGGCCGUCAUGGUCUGGGACGUCAGCUAUGAGGAUGUCAGAAAUACGUGCGGCGGCGGCGCCUGGCCACUCAUGUCCGCCAUUGUCGAGAGUCUCGGCUCUGCGGGACCGUCCAACACCACCACCACCAGCACCACCAGCACCACCAGCACCACCACCAGCACCAGCAGCACCACCAGCACCACCGCGCCGAGCCCAACAGAGGGUGGGCCUGCACCGGCGUGCUCGGCUUCCGGCGGCGCUGCGCCGGACCCGCGCGACUGCGCCACCUACGUGCUGUGCGCCGGCGGCGCGGCCCACACGUUCCGGUGCCCGCAAGGCACGCUGUUCGACCCCAGCCGAGGCUACUGCAACUGGGCCAGCCUGGUCAGGUGCUCGGCGGCUCCGGAAGGGGGCGCCACUGCCACCGUGAAGCCGAGCACGGCGGCGUCCGUGCCCGCUCCGCCGGCGCCGACCUCGACUCCCGCGCCGAGCCGACCGUUCACGUGUCCCAGCGCCGACGGCUGGUUCGCCGACCCGGAGGAUUGCCACCGCUUCUACAAGUGUCUGAGCGGCGCGGCGCACCGGGCCGCCUGCCCGGCCGGCACCGGCUGGAACCAGGCCAUCUCCAGCUGCGACUGGGCCGCCCGCGUCGGCUGCGUCUAGCCGCUCGGCCCGCGUCGGCUGCGUCUAGCCGCUCGGCCCGCGGCGGCUGCGGGUAGCCGCUCCGCAGGGGUUGGCUGCGCGACUACGCUAAGUGAGCAGACGGUGUGAUUCCGUGGGAUAUGAACGUAACACGACCUUACUGCCGUCAUGGUAAUAAAUGUGAGCCAGACGCCUCAUCUCUGUAUAUCAAACGGUUAUCCCAUGCUUUCCAGUAUGAUUAUAUGGCAAAGUGUUGUGAUUCGUGCCACUGCGACGUAAAGCGGCUGCUGCUUUUGUCUUCCGAAGUUCGCAAGGAAGCGACAAUGUAGGGCAAUGUUACGCUGAGGUGAUGUCAUUGCAGUGCUCAAGGCAAGCAGAUCUUUUGCAUUGCAGAUAACGGACUGAUUACAGAUUAGACUUUGCGCCACCUUGUUUAUUUUGCGCAGCUAUUACACAGUUUCUGUUACAGCGUGCAACAAAUUUGCGGAUGAAAUCGUACGACUGCAAGGCACUUUUCGUCAAUUUCGUUAAUUGACCUGUUGUAAUGCGUGUGUGCGUAUGAACAGCAGAUAAUACACAUUGAACUAUGA